AUUGUGAGAAGUGUAAGAACUUCUUCAUUGACAGCUGUGGUGUGCAAGGGACCUCUACAUUUGUAAAAGACAGUGCAAUGGACAAAGGUUCAGGCAUCCCUGCAGCUGGACUUGGAGUGUGGAAUGAGGAAUGUGAUCUGCUGGUGGGCCUGCACUUUGGCCCUUAUGAGGGCCAGAUCACAGAAGAUAAAGACACAGCCAGCAAUGGAUACUCCUUGCUGAUCACCAAAGGGAGAAAGUGCUAUGAGUAUGUGGAUGGAAAGGAUACAUCUCAGGCCAACUGGAUGUGGUAUGUGAACUGUGCCCCAAAUGGUGAAGAACAGAACCUGGUGGCCUUUCAAUAUCACAGGCAGAUUUUCUACUGAACCUGCAAGGUCAUUAAGGCGGGCUGUGAGCUGCUGGUCUGGUAUGGGGAAGAAUAUGGCCAGGUGCUGGGCAUCAAGUGGGGCAGGAAGUGGAAAAAAGAUCUUGAAGUUGGGAGAG